AUGGCUGAGCAGCAUAAUGAUGACCUUUUAAUGAAAAAUCAUGAAGCUCGUCCCACUGAAAGUGCUCCAUUACCGGAGGCACACAGGAUAAAAGCACAUGGCCAGUCUGAAAUAAGACAAAAUAAUAGGGGCCAUGAUAAUAUGUGCGGGCGUGGCAAAGACAAAAGACGAUAUAAUAAUCGUAGAGGUGGUGGUUAUAACAAAAGAGAAAACAAUAUGGGUUCUCAAAAUAAUCCUUCUAAAGGAAAGAGCGAUCACCGUCAUCGUUGUGGCCUUAAAGAUCAUUGGAAAAAUGAAUAUCGGGCACCUGAGCAUUUUGUCAGGCUGUAUCAAAAUUCCUUUAAAAAGAAAGGAAAUAAAGGAGGGUCUUCUCACAAAUAUGAUGAGAAUGUUGAGGUGAAUUUAGCAUUGAAAGGUGAUGCUUUUGAUGGGCUCGAUAAUAUUACUCAUCUAGAAGCUGAGGACUUCUUUGAGGAUCGCAACUAA